GCAUGCUUUACCCAUAAUUCCGUGAUUCUCUUGUAGUCUUUCUUUCUUCUCUCAUAUUCAUAGUUUCUUUUGUUAUUAUUCUCUUUCUUUGGGUAUUAUAUUCAAAAUGAGCGAAGUUCCUGAUGGAGGCUCUGUCAGCCUUGAUAUGCUGAAGAAGUUAAUGGCUCAAUUUGCUGAAAAGAGGGACUGGAACCAGUAUCAUAGUCCGAGGAACCUUCUUUUGGCUUUGGUGGGUGAAGUUGGUGAAUUGGCUGAGAUAUUUCAGUGGAAAGGUGAAGUCAAGAGGGGACUUCCCAAUUGGAAAGAGGAAGAAAAAACACAUCUUAGUGAGGAGCUUUCAGAUGUGUUGCUUUACCUUGUCAGGCUCUCUGAUACCUGUGGUAUUGAUCUUGGAAAAGCUGCUUUGAGAAAGGUUGAACUCAAUGCCAUAAAAUACCCAGUAAAAAGUUAUCAAGAUGUUUCAACUUCAAGCAAGAAGUAUAAACAAAUCACUCUUGAAACUCCAACAAGUUAUAAUGGUGAUCGCAAUACUGAAAAAGAUUGAUCAUAUAUUUUUAACUAGGGGAUUGUGACAUUUGCUUGCAACUUUGUUAUGGUCAGUGGCAUAUCUGGUAGUAUAAUAAUAUGUAAUGGUUCAUGCCAUUCCAUGUAGAAUAAUGUCUUGGUCAUGUUUAUUCUCACAUAUUUAGUUACUACUUUGUCAUAAUCAAAUCCCCUUGCGAAUGUUAUAUUAGACAUGGAUGGAUGAAGAA